GAUUGAGAGAACGCUAUUCACGCGAAAAAAAGCAACGUCAAGAAAAAACAACAACUGGAAGUGGAGCAUCAAAAAGAAAAACAUUCGAAUUUUUCGAGAAUAUGCAAUUCCUGGAACGAUUUGUUAAGAGGAGAAGAACGAUGACCAACAUAUAUAAGGAAAAGGAACCUCCAGUGGCAAGAUCUUCCAUUAUUCAAAAAAAUUUUGGCUUUCAUGAUGAAAAGGUGAAUAACUUAUUCUCCAUAAACAUGGGUACUUUUAUUGAACAAUCUUCAGCAAAGAGCAAUAUAGAUGUACCUCGCAACACGUACACACAGGACUCAUUAACUUCGGACUUGCAUACAAAUGCAUUGGAUAUCUCUUCCGUAUCUGCUUUAAGUGUACCUCGCUAUACGCAGAACAAAGAUGUAAUUGGACAACGGAUACAGUCAAAAGGAAAAUCCCAGACAGAUAUUCUAGAAAAUACAAUUGGUAAAGUUACUUCUUUACUAGAAAACAGAUAUGUUUCUUCAUCGCAGACAUUUCUAAAGCCAGAAGUAGGAGAAGAUUUGGCUUUUUGUCAACUAAUAUUUUUUUUGCUUAUUAAUCUGUCCGAAGAUACAAAAGUAGAAAAAAAGCAAUAUUACGUAUUUUAUACGAUAUGUAAUCAUUAUCUUAUCCUAGACAGCAGAGACUUUCGAAAAAACAUCCUAAGAACGUCCCUACAACCGAAGAAUAUCUUUAGAACGUUCUUUGGACAUUAUGUGCUGGAAUACGAUAUGUUAAUUUAUUUGCGACAUGGGAUAAUUACCAGGACAUAUUAUAUUUAUUUAUUUUAUGCAAUAUAUUAGAAAAAGUACAAUGACAUAUUUGUUUUUUAUGCGACAUUAUUGGAAGUAGUACAUGUUAUGUUUAUUUAUGUUACGCAAUAUAUAAUUACAAGUAGUGUGAAAUAUUCUGCUAAUUUCUGUUAUUCGUUAUGUAAUUGAAAGUGAUAUGACAGUGUACAAGUACGAAAUAAUACAAGUAGUAUAUGUAUGUUUAUUUUAUGCAAUAUGUUAGAAAAAGUAUAAUGACAUAUUUGUUUUUUAUGCGACAUUAUUGCAAGUAGUACAAUGUGUUAUGUUUAUUUCUUUUACGCGACAUUUAAUUACAAGUAGUAUGAUAUAUUCUGUUAAUUUCUGUUAUUCGUCAUGUAAUUGAAAGUGAUACGACAGUGUACAAAUACGAAAUAGUACAAUAUAAUAUAGUAUAUGUAUAUU